GGGCGGCGCUACAGAGCUCACCAUCGCUGAAACAACAACACCACUUCAGCGUCUUUCUUCCUUUGCAGUCGAGAGAGAAGAGAGAAAAAAAAUGCAGGAGCGCGUUUGAGUCGGUUCCGGAGCGCGUCCGUCGCCAUGUAGCGAAACCUUCGUUCGUCGGCAGGAUGAAAGUUUGAGACGGGAACGGGAAAGCGCGUGCUGUUUUUUUUUUUUUUGGCCGGGAGGAGGGAAAAACAUGGCUGUGCGGGAGGAAAGCGAGGUUCCGCACGGUAAAGUCAGGCACGACGGCGGCGCGGAGAGCUUCAGGAACGGCUACGUGAAGAGCUGCGUCACGGCGCUAAAGCAGGACCCGCCGCGGGGGCUUUUCUACAGCGCGUGCCGCGCGUGCAGCGACGCGGACUCCGGCUCGGCCGGGCCCGCGCGCGCCUCCGCCGCCUACGCGGGAGCUUUCGCGGCGCUCGCGGCGUCCUUCUUCCUCACGCGCCGCUUCCAGAGCGGCGGCGAGCUGCGCGCGCUGCUGGCGGACGCCGCGAGCUCCCUGAGCCCGCUGUUCAGUAUCGGGUGCGCGCACUUCUUCCUUACAUUCUACCUGCGCCGGCGCAAACGCGAAAGCAGUCGCGGCUGGCUCGUGGCCCUGCCGGUCUCGUGCUACCUGGGGGACUUCGCGGCGCUGCGCUUCCUGCAGUGGGGAUCCGGGGAGCACGAAGACUCCGCCGCUGCCGCGCAUCACGUGCACACCGCGGGCCGCCUGCUCUUCGUGCUGGGUUGCGUGGGCCUGCUCACGCUAUUACCGACCCUCAAACUCCGGCACAGCGUGCUCGUGUUGCUCUUCGCCAGCUGCGCGUGGCUGCUCGCGCACACCGGCCUCGGGUGCGUGGCGUCGUGGCUCAGGCCGCUGAUCGCGUGCGCCGCCGCCGUCACGGGCUCGGUGCUCGGCCUCCGGUUCGACCGCUCAUAUCCGCCGCGGGAAACGGCCAACCGGACAUCCGAGGAGCGCGUGCCGGUGGUAAGGCCGAGGCGGAGAUCCAGCUGUGUGUCUUUUGGAGAAACUUCCAGUAGCUACUAUGGCAGCUGGAAAAUGCCGCGCAGACCGUCAUUACCGUGUAUCUCCAGAGAGCAGAUGAUCCUGUGGGACUGGGACCUGAAACAAUGGUCCAAACCUCAGUAUCAGGGUUCAGUGUGUGGCGCAGAUCUGUCCGUGAUUAGUGAUGUGAGGAAUCUGAUCUCAGACCUGCUGCAAGACUCGUCUUUGUCUCCUCACGUCGUAUCGUCAUUACGCAGCGUCAGCAGUUUAAUCAGCAGCGUCUCAGGCUCCUGCCGGCCGCGUCCCAAUCCGUUCACACCAUUCCCCGGCUUCUACCCCUGUGCUGAGGCUGAGGAUCCGAGUGACAGAGCUGAAAGAAAGCCUGUGAAGGGCCUGAGCAGUAGGAACAGUCUGCCUACUCCUCAGCUGAGACGGAGCUCUGCGUCCUCGUCCCUCUCUCCUCUGGAGACGCUCUCGUCCCCUCGCUGGGAGCGCAGUAACGGAAAGAGAUCUCACCCCGAGCUCAGUGCCAGCAGUCAGGGAUCGUUCUCCAAUGGCCCAAACAGCAACCUGCUGACCAUCCCGAAGCAAAGAUCCUCCUCCGUUACACUUUCCUAUGGACACACCAUGCCCAGAAGACCAGGUACGUCUCCGAGUCUGAGUCCACUCAGUUCUCCGAGUCACAGUCCCCCGUCUUGUCCGAGUUCGUCACUGAUCACUCGUUCUCCAGUGGAGUUUCCAGACACAGCAGACAUCCUCACCAAGCCAAGCUUGAACCUGCACAAAGCCCCAGGGUUUUCACUCAGCUCUCUCUGCACCAGUUGUGGGCGACAGAUACUCAAGAGCAGCACUAACACUGAGGUGGGUGACAGUCACAUGACCUUGGGGACAGACUUGCAGAGAAGACGAUCAGCUGAGGGGACAGAAUACAGCGGUGACGGGUUAAUCAGGGAGGAAAGCGGAGAGGAUGCUCAGGGAGAGGAAUCGGGACUGACUGUGACAGCUAAAGAACGAGUUCAGCGCGAAGAAGACGAGGAGAAAGAGCGAAGCUCAGGCGUGCAGGAGACUACAUUUCAUCCUGAGGAGUUCAAAUUAGAUCCCCUGCUGGAGGACCACGAUGCUCUGUUAGAGAAGCUCAACAACUGGAACUUCCAGAUCUUUGACCUGAUGGAAAGGACGGGAGGAAAGUCGGGAAGGAUCCUCAGCUCCGUGGCCUACACUUUGUUCCAGGACACGGGUCUGUUUGAAAUCUUCAAAAUCCCCGUCCGGGAGUUCAUGACGUACUUCUCUGCUCUGGAGAACGGAUACCGUGAUAUACCCUAUCACAAUCGUGUCCAUGCUACAGACGUCCUUCACGCUGUGUGGUACCUCACCACCAGACCCAUCCCAGGCUUCCAGCAGAUUCAUAAUGAACAUGUGACAGGAAGUGACACAGACUCGGACAGUGGAAUCUCUCCUGGCCGCGUGUCUUAUGCUUUGUCCAAAAGCUCCUCCAUCUCAGACAAUAGUUAUGGCUGCUUGGCCUGGAACGUCCCUGCCCUUGAGCUCAUGGCACUAUAUGUAGCAGCUGCUAUGCACGACUACGAUCACCCAGGUCGCACAAAUGCCUUCCUUGUAGCUACUAACGCCCCUCAGGCGGUUCUGUACAACGAUCGCUCUGUUCUGGAGAACCAUCAUGCUGCUGCUGCAUGGAGCCUUUUCCUGUCUCAGCCUGAGUUUAACUUUCUGUGCCACCUGGACCAUGUUGAGUUCAAGCGUUUUCGCUUUCUUGUUAUUGAGGCCAUCCUCGCCACAGACCUGAAGAAGCACUUUGAUUUCUUAGCAGAGUUUAACUCCAAGGUUACGGAUGUGAACAGCCCAGGUAUCGACUGGACCAAUGAGAAUGACAGGUUGUUGGUAUGCCAAGUGUGCAUCAAGCUGGCAGAUAUUAAUGGACCGGCGAAAGAUCGUCAGCUCCACCUGAAAUGGACAGAGGGCAUCGUGAACGAGUUUUACGAACAGGGAGAUGAGGAGGCUCACCUCGGAUUACCCAUCAGCCCUUUUAUGGACCGCUCUGCCCCGCAGCUGGCCAAGCUGCAGGAGUCCUUCAUCACGCACAUCGUCGGGCCGCUGUGCAACUCGUACGAUGCUGCUGGCCUCCUCCCAGGUUACUGGGUUGGUGAAGAAGACGGGGAAGAGGAAGAUGCUGAAAACACAGAGACUGACGACGAAGACCUCGAUGAAGAGCUGCAAUUAAAGCCGAGGAAAAGUCGCCAGCAUCUGUUCUGCAGCAUCAUGCAGCACCUGACUGAAAACCACACGGCGUGGAAACAGAUCAUCGAGGAAGAUGAGAAGAACUGUGACCUGGGUCUUCAUCAGCAGCAAGAGCAGCAGCAGGCCGACAUGUUGAACCUUCCUUCUCCCUCCUCGGCCUCAGACGACAUUCAGGUCAUCGAGGAGGAGGCUGAAGAAGAGGAGCGGCAGCAAGAGGGGGAUUGAUUCGAGGCGAUCGGGGAGGGGCCUGUAGCAAGCAACGGACUUUUUGCUCUUUCCUCUCCUCCAUCAGAACACAGACACGCAGUCCGAAAUGACACCAGACGAUUCUGCCAGAUUUCCUGUACUGAAAUGAAUCACUGUGACGCAGUUCACAUGGUGUUAAAGAAAAAAAAACUAAAAAAAAAAAAGGCCUUACUACUGUGAGAGCAUCCUAUGCACUUUCACCCCAUGGAGGAUGAGGGGGGGAAAAGAGAGAACGAAAUAAUGAACGAAACUCCAUGGUUAUUUGGCUGUGAUGCUGCCUUGAAAGCAGAGCUCUUAACUCUCCCAUAGGUACUUAUUACAAUUAUAAGAAGAAGAAAAAAAACACAGAAUGGCAGAAGACUUUCAAGUCAUCACUUGUUACCAAAGCGAACAGUUACAAACAAAUGAGGCUGAGGCUUUAUCAGGCUCAGUGUCAGGAAUACUUUAAAAGCAUAAAUCAAAUGUGCCUGUCUAAACCUUUUUGUGUUUUGUUUUGUUGGGUUUUUGUUUUGUUUUGUUUUUUUGCACCCCAUACAUGGUCCUGGUGAUGGACCUUCAUCACGACACGUGCCGUUUCCUCCUCAUGCUGGUGACACGAAAACACUGUAUCAUUGAACUCAGCCACUAGGACUUUAAUAUGGAAAAUGCUGACAUUUUGACUGACAAAAAACAAAAAAAAAGAAUAUUUACUUCUGCAUCAUUUUAGGAUGCUUUUUUUUUACUCACCUGCCUUUAGUUUUUAGUUUCCUUAUACAUUUACGUGUGUUCAUAAGGUUUCUUUUUUUUUUUUCUUCCUUUUUUCUUUCCUCCUCAGGAAUGCAAAGUUGCCAUUGGUUUUUUUCCUUGUUUUCCUCUUGUAUACUGUUCAAAGUAUGGAACAAAAAGAAAUGCUGUUCUAAUGAAGGGAUCUUACUACUUCGAUUUCUUUUCUUUUAAUAACUAUCUUACACACGCACACUGUAUAGAGUUGGGUCCAUGAGUAUUUGGCCAUUGACAAAGUGUUAUUUUUAAAGCUCUACUAUGGAAAAUAAGUGAUCAUAUAUAGAAAAAAUUGGAUGGAACAGUGUAGGGAUUUGAGGUGAUUGGACAAACUCAUUUAUUUAAUUGUCGUUUUUUUAAUACUUGUUUAUGACUCCUUUUUGAAGUUCGUAACAGUCUGGAAAUCUGGAUCACCAGAUGCUGGGUUUUCUUUCUGGUGAUGAUCUUCCAGGUCUUUACUUAUUACUUGUUCUUGCACUGUUUUUUCGUUCAGUAAGUGAAAUGCAGCUCGGUUGGAUUCAGGACAUGAUGAUUGACUAUUGUAGAACAUUUCCAUUCCCUGCUUUAGAAGGUUUUCGCAUUGCUGUUGAAGUAUUCUUUUGUGCUGUCGUUCGGCCGCACUGUAAAACUUUAUCCAGUGAGUUUGAAAGAUAUUCGCCUGUGCUUUUCCCAGCAGUCGCAUCAAUACCCACAGGCGUGUAUGGGCCACAAGAAGGCAGUACACUUCAGAUGAAAACGCCGCACUGAAAAUCAAUAUGAAUAACGCAAAUCUGGCCCUGGAACAAAAGUGCAAUCAAUUGUCCAAUUUAAUUUUAGGAGACGAAAUGUAAAAAUGUACAUUUUGCCUAGUUUCGAUUGUAAAUUCACUCAAAUCUGGAUAUUUCAAUAUACAUAGGUUGGCAUACUAAUAAAUACCUUCGUGGGUGUCCUAAUACUUAUGGACCUGGUGUUUAUAAUGACACUUAAAAACACAUUUUUCUUCACAGUUUCUCAGGAUUCAUGCAGAAUGUUCGACAGUUUAAAGUGACAGAAAGGAAGCGAUUUUAGGCGCUUUGUCAGAACAUUUAGAAUUUUUUUUUAAGUUCAGUUUAUAAAAUGGGAAAAGACAUGGGCAUUUUUGGCGUGACGAAGAUGGAAUUCAGUCAGAAGAAUGAUCUCCGAUAGCGAGCAUUAUCAGCUCCCCCAUACCCCCAGUUAUUGUUUUCUGUUUUCCAUCUAAAACGCAGUCUGAGAAAAUGUACACACACAAUAGUCUAGAUGUUUUUGACUGGAGUUCUUCUUUUAUUCGAGCCAUUAACAUUUUAUUUUUAUUUUCUUUAAAUCACACUGUGGACACACCUUUUUUUUUUUUCUUUUUGCAAACAUGCAAGCAGGCCAGUGCAUCAAUUUGAAGUGAUCCAGGGUUUCACCUCAAAAAGAGAAAAGCUGUACACUUUUUUAUAUUUUCGUAUCCUUCACCAUAAGGCAGGUUUAAUACUAAUAGCUCUAUCUAUUUUUCUCUAAAGCAAGAACUCUAGGCAUUCCACUAGAAUAAAGAACAGGAAAGGGGGGGAGACUGACAUGAUGCUCUCCUCAGUGCAUUUUGUUUGGAUAGGAAAGUUCUCAAGUAGGCAGUGUACAUCAAGCUAUAUUUGAAAAAAAAAAGAAAAAAAAAAAGGAAAAAAUGAACGAAAUGAAAAAAGAAAUGAAACAACCUAUAAAUGUGCACAUUUUACUACCAAACAAGUGUUUAAUCUCUGCACAGAAAGAGUAUCUGCAUAUAUAAAUAUAUAUAAAAUAUAUAUUAUAUAUUUUUUAAUUAAUCAACUGAAUGCAUCUGUUUUCUACAUACAGCUGACAUUGUACAUUAAGAAUCUGUAUCAUCCUGUUCCCAGAGUUUUUAAUCUAAUACUAUUUACAGAUGCGGAUAUGUUUGGGUGUGGUGUUAUUUUAAUAAUAAUUUGGGGUGCAUUGUCUGUUUCUGUGCAUAACCACUCUGCUGAGAACCUUUUAUUUUUUCCCCGCUAAAGCUGGAUGCUGUGAGUCAGCUCGCUGCAGUGCCAAAAGCCCCCUCGUCUUCUCUCUCUUUCUCUCUUUCCCACUCUCUCCAUCACAUCCACAUUCUCUGUCCCUGCCACUGCCAGUCGCUUUGUCAUGCACUUGUGUCUUCAUCAAAUUUUGGAAUUGAGGAUUGCUACAAAGCAACCAUAUUGCCUCCAGUUCUCUCUCUCUCUCUCUCUCUCUCUCUCUCUCUCUCUCUCUCUCUCUUCCUCUCUUCCUCUCUCCCUCUCUCCUCUCUCCUCUCCUUUCUGUUUCUUGUGCUUCUGUCACCACCUGGAAUCCAGCAUCGUUUUAUUCACUUCACCACUUUAUCCGCCUUCUCCUUCAUGUCAGAAAUGCCAUUCAGCAUGUCUUCUCAUUAAUAUAUUUUUGCCCUCCAAAUGUCUUGUCUUUGUUACAUUUAAAAGCACUUUUAUGUAGCAAGUAAAUAGCAGUGUCUGAUGUAACCAUUUCAGUCUUUUCAACUUUGUAGGGAGAAACUGACUCUCUAAUACCCUCACCAUCAAGCCCCCUACCCCCACUGUUAUUUAUAUCUGUCCAUAAAGACCAUCCCUGAAAAUA